AUGGUUAUGAGUCAGGAAUUGAAUUUUAUGGCCAACUUCAUUUCAAGCUCAGGGGAGCUCAAAAAAUGGGUUUUUGCAGCCUGCUGGGAAAAAGGUGGCAUACCGUAUGGAACAACUUUUGCAAAUGAUAUUUUCAGCUUGGCAAUCAUCCUUUCAGACACUGAUUUCCAGCAGCCCGAAACCUACUUGAAUGUUACCGGUCUUGAUCUAUCUGUACCACAUGCAGAAGGAUAUUGUGGAGAACAUCGAAAUUGGAGUUGGGCAGUAUACUUUGCACACAUCAGAGGCCUGUUCUUUAUGUACACCUUCAUUACCGCCAAGAUCCUCUACACCUUCCUUUCUGCCGCUUCACUCAUUCUCGUGCGAGUGACUUGUGUCAAUCCCGCACCUGCAUUGAAGAGGGCUGGGGGUUUCUUCCAAGAACAGAAGAAGGGGAUGAUCACGGUCAUCACUGGGCUGGUAUCUCCUUGGGUUAAGGAGAAGGUGUUUGUAGUGUCUGCCUUAACUUUUAAGGAUGUCAAGGACUUGAUCACUGGGACGUGGAGCUUGACUAUCAAGGUUGCAGUUGCCAUGCAGGUCUUAUAUGCACAGCCACUGCCUCUCAAGUGGAGUCCAGAUGACAGCCCUCCAGGCGAGCAUGCCUGGCAUCAUGUUAAAGAGGUGUCGUUCUAUGGGACUGAUACCUACCCCUUUGACAUAACCAACUGA